AUGGAAGUUUUAACACGAUGUCACAUCGUUGUGGCUGGUCAGACAGUUGCAUGUCUGGGUGAUUGGAAAGGAAUAAAAAGAGUUCGCAAGAUUGUGCUUGAUUGCAUGAAUAAUAUACACCCUAUAUAUUCUCUUAAAACACUUAUGAUCGAGAGGGAGCUAGCAAGGAAUGAACAAAUGAAAAAUAAGGACUGGCAACCCUACAUACCUCAUUUCAAAAAAAUUCGAUCCCAAACCGAUGAUGUGAAAGUGAAGAAGAAGAAGUCCUUCGAUCAUGCCAAUGGUUUAAAGGGCGCUGCCAAACGACUUAGUAAAAAGCUCAAAGAUUAA